AUGUUGGAAGAAGAUCGGUGGCCGCGUUCACAGCUGCCAGUAUCCACACUACUAGAGACCAGAGCACUGAUGCCACUUUUGGUUAGUCUGUUACCAAUUACAAAAGGUUUAUUAAGUAUUUUUGCUUAUGCUCAAGCAAGGUAUCGACAGAGGACACUCAAAAAAUUUUAUUUGUACAGAUGCUUUUGCAAGACAUACAACGGAGAGCGCUACAUUUUAUUCUCCAUGGAUUUUAUGAGGACCUUGCCAGGUCGGGACUCAAGUUGUCCUUCAUUUUUCAUAGCAGCCACUUCACCUUCUUGGCAGCCGCAGUUUUUUACGGUCGAACUUAGUAUAAGAUUUGGGCAGGAAAACUUAUCAUAG